AUGUUAUCAAAUCCAACAACAUCAAAUUUAGCUGAAGCAUUAUUAAAUGUAAGAAAAAUCGAAAAAAAUUUUAUCAAUCGAGAAUUUAAAUAUAUUGAUCGAGAUCGAAAUAAAAUUCGUGCACAUGUUGAUCGACAUAAAGAAACAUUUUUACAACUAACACGUAAACGACAUGAAACAUGGUAUCGACAUGAUAAACAUUUUCGUGAAGGUCUACGAAAGGAGAAAGAAUAUCAUGAAAAACGUAAAGCACAUGAAAGACAAAGAUUAUCAUUUGCAUUAGAUCCAAAUUAUAUGUCACAAGAUCAUACACCAUUUCAACCAAGAAAUAUUACUGAUGAUUCAAUUUUACCACCGAUUGUAACAACAAUAAAAAGUAAAACAUCAACAACAACAACUGAACCAAUGACAAAAAUUGAACGAUAUACUUAUCAAGUUUUACGAGCUUCACAAAAAUUACUUGAUGAAUCGGCUGCACGACCAAGAUAUAAAUUUGUAUUUGAACAACCUUCAUCAUCAUCAUUUAAAGAUAAAAAUCCUCAAUCAGCAGCAUUACCAGUAAUAUCAAUUUCCAAUUCAGUUCAAAAUCGAACAAGUUAUGUACCAAUGAGAUCAUCUUCUGAUUGUGAAGAAUAUGAUCAAUUAAUAAAUGAAUCAUUACAACGUGAAACAUUUAGUGAGUUUGUUGAUCAUUUUGUUAAAUUUCGUCCUGAAUUUCGUGAACAAUUUGCUUCUGUUCAUGAAGAAAAUAAACGACAAAAAAUAGUCGAACAAUUAAGAAGACUUAAUCGAAUAUGUGGAAAAACAAAAGAUGAACGUUACCAUAAUUUACUUGAUAGUCUUACUGAUGUUCAUUCUGAAUAG